GAUUGUCAAUCUCAAAAUAGUGAAACAGCGGGGUGCCGGUGUGAUCGAGCCACCACAGUGACAGGGGACCAUGACAGACCUCAAAACGAUCAAAGAGCAAAAAUAUGAUCGACAGCUCAGGUUGUGGGGGGAUCAUGGACAAGAAGCACUUGAAAAUGCCCAUGUUUGCCUCAUCAAUGCCACUGCAUCUGGCACUGAAAUACUCAAGAACCUUGUGCUGCCAGGCAUUGGAGCUUUUACCAUAGUUGAUGGACACAAAGUGUCAGGGGAGGAUGUUGGGAACAACUUUUUUCUCAGUAACAGCAGUAUUGGAAAGAACAGAGCUCAGGCUGCUACUGAACUGCUGCAGGAGCUCAACAGAGAUGUGUCUGGAAACUUUGUGGAGGAGAAUCCUGAUAAACUUUUGGACAAUGACAGGGAGUUUUUUAACAGAUUUAGUCUGGUAAUUGGUGUCCAGCUUCCAGAAAGCACAUGUUUGAGGCUGGGCGCUGUGUUAUGGGAGGCUGGUGUGCCAUUCCUUGUGUGUAGGACAUAUGGACUUAUUGGUUACAUGAGGCUGAUUGUGAAAGAACACACAGUGGUUGAGUCUCACCCAGAUAAUGCUUUAGAGGACCUGAGACUAGACUAUCCAUUCUCAGAGCUCAAAAACCAUGUAGAGUCCUAUGACCUGGACAACAUGGAGAAGAAGAAUCACAGUCAUACACCAUGGAUCAUUGUGGUUGCUAAAUACUUGGAAAAGUGGUGUAGUGAGCACAACUCUCAGUUACCGAAGAAUUAUAAGGAAAAGGAAGCUUUCAGACAACUCAUCAGAGAAGGAACUCUUAAGAAUGAGAAUGGAACGCCUGAGGAGGAACAGAACUUUGAGGAAGCAAUCAAGAAUGUGAACACGGCUCUGAACCCCACCAAGGUCUCUAGUGCAGUGGAGGACAUAUUUAAUGCUGAGCAGUGUGAAAACAUUACCUCACAGAGCCCAUCCUUCUGGGUUAUGGCUCGUGGGGUGAGGGACUUUGUGCGAAAUGAGGGGAAUGGAAACCUCCCUGUACGAGGAACCAUCCCAGACAUGAUUGCUGAUUCUGACAAAUUCAUCAAUUUACAAAACAUCUAUAGAGAGAAAGCAAUGACGGACGCAGCAAGAGUGUCCAAACAUGUUGAAUCUUUUCUACAAUCAGUUGGAAAGCCUCCAGAGAGCAUCUCCGAACAGGAAAUAAAGCUCUUUUGUAAGAACGCAGCAUUUCUUAGAGUGGUGCGGUGCAGGUCUCUGGCAGAGGAGUACUGCGUAGACACUUUCAAUAAAGAUGAAAUCACAUCCUGUAUGGACAGCCCUGACAGUGAGAUGGUGCUCUAUCUCAUGCUCCGCUCAGUCGACCAUUUCUAUAAGCAACACUCCCGUUACCCAGGUGUCUAUAAUUACCAGGUGGAAGAAGACAUUAAUAAACUCAAGCAGUGUGUAAACAGUCUUCUACAGGAGUACAGUCUAAGUGUCAAUGUGAAAGAUGACUACAUCUAUGAGUUCUGCCGUUAUGGAGCUGCUGAGCCACACACAAUCGCAGCUUUUAUGGGAGGAUCAGCAGCUCAAGAAGCCAUUAAAAUCAUCACACACCAGUUUGUACCUUUCAACAACACAUUCAUCUAUAACGCCAUGUCACAGACCUCUGCUACUUUUCAGCUGUAGAGCAAUCUUCCCCAUCUGUUUUUUCAUUCCUUUAUCAAAGUGUUGCCCUGCUGAAGCCACAAAACGUAUUUCAGUUCAAUUUUUGCAUCAAAGGGGUGCUCAAGUUUGUUUAUACUUAUAUUGAUUGAUGGUGUUGCACUUAGAUCACACCAGAACUGAUGCUGCAUACUGAAUAAACUGUGUAUCUUCAAAGCUUUUGUGUGGGGUUUGAGUACUCUGCUCACAUGGAUGAAUAUGGUUAAACAGCAGAUUGAAUGUCUCCCUUGUGUCACCAGUGCAGUGGUUUAAGUAUUAUAAUGUAAAACAAGUCUGUUGUUAUGAAGUCACGGUCAUGAACUAUGGUGACAAGGCUCAUCUGUGCAGCCCGGCUAAAUGUUACAUUUAGGCACAUAGCAUGACCAGUUUUGGCAGUCAGCUGCCUGAAUAAAAAUAAACGCAGCCUGGCAAAACAAUUCAUAAAUGUCCGCACCAGCAAUUUAGCUGUUAUAUGGUUUUCUUUUUGGGUCGUUCCCUCUGCCAGUAAUCAGAUGAUGUGCCCAGCUUACAUUGUAGUAUGAUAUAACUGUGUGACAUUUUUACAUAGUAGCUGGAGAACUACUGUUUAUGUCAUAUCAUUUUUACUAUACGUGUCCCUGCUGUCCUAAGGUCUUUCUGUGGUGAGCUGCUGUUGUUUGUUUGAGUAGAUUACAGAGUUAUUUCCUGCUGUAGGGUGGAGUGCUGUGUUUCUAUGGCCUGUCUAAAAGCAGAGUGCAUUCUGUGGUUUGAAGAGAAUAGCUAGGUUUUCCUCAUGGGGAGUCUAGACGGAGGAAAAGACACAAUAAGUAGCACAUAAACUUGUUCUAUUUUCAACCAUCCUUAAAUCUUGUAUCCUCUUUGAAAGCCCUCUUAGUUUAUCCAGGAAUACCACUCCUCUCUGUACAUUCAUGUGUGUUUUAAAGCCCAAAUCCAGUGGAGGGCACCCAUCCCCUUAAUUUUUUGUUUGCAUGCACAUUCCAUCGAAGAGUGAAUAAUUCAUAGCUGCAGGCUCUCUUUAAAUUGAUCUGUCAAGCAGGACAAUGUUAAUAAGGAACCAGUCCAUUUUGAUCAGUUACUACUUCAUUGUUUUCACAGAAGCUGAUUCUUUAAAAUGUUAAUAACAUUCUCAUCUCACUAACUUAUAAAUAGAUGACGAGUUAUGAAACUUUUCUGUGACACGUGAGGAUAGUCCUCUCUAUCUAGGCCGUGUUUAUGAAUGCUGAAGGAUUGUUGUGUUCUGCCAGCAGCUUUUUAAACCGAAUGGAAAUUGCCCAAAGGAGAUUUACCCAUUCUGGACCGAAUGUGACAUUGAAAGUAUAUCAAGUCUUUCCCUAUUCAUCUAGCAAAUCGAACCGAAGCCUCUUUUUGCAAUACAACUUACCUGUUUGGUAUCCAUAUUCAUUGUUCCCUUUGUACCGCAAUGACUGUUUUUGUAAAAGUUCAUGACCUUGGUUCUCUCAGUAGCUAAAUUAGAUUUUUAGUCAGGCUUAUUACCUGCUGUAAAUAGGAAAUUCACUUUUACCACCUCACCAAUAUUGGCUCAGCUUGCUGGUUCUGCUAGACUAAUAAACAUACGGAAGUUCAGUUUCACAUGGUUAUGUGUUUUUUAUAGGAUUGCCUUUUUCCACAACAUAAAGCCUGCUGUAAUAUGGAUGAACAUUAAAAUGGACUGAAUCUUUGUCCCUCAGUAGCAGCUGUAAACAUAUAGGUACAAAAAAAUCAUAAACUCUUUAGCAUCUUUUUUUUUUCCAGUUAGUUUUGCUCAAGUCUCUCUUUUCUUAGACGUUUAGACUUAGACAUUUCUCUCUAAAUUCUUCCAAGACUAAUUUAACUAAUGCUAUCCACUGCAACUGAAUAGCUCUAUAUUUUACUCUAUAUUUUCUAUAUGUCAGUGAUUGACCGAUUUGUUUCUUGAGACAAUAUUGAUGCUUAAAUGAGACAUUGAGAGCUACAUGUAAGAGCUCCAUUAGGUCUCCUGAGCUAAAAAUGACAACCUCUGAACAAUAGGAUUUUCCUUUGGGGUGGAAGAAGAUAAGGAACACCAGAGAGCCAUAGAUCCAAAAUGUGAAGAGGAGAAGGAAGUUCAGUCCUGGAGUCCAGUGUGCCAUGCAGCUGUAUCAACAUGGCCAAAGCGUCAAGUGGAGCAAACCAUUACAAACAUGUCAAUGUGGUUUCAAUUAGAUUAAUGCGUUAUCUUUGCAACAGUUCCCCACCUAAUGCUCUUUCCCUCACUGUGCAUACUAUUUAAAAGGCUGCCACUCACGUUCUUUGUGCAAUUAUUAUCUUAACAACACUGUCUAAAUGUUCCUGUUUUUCAACUGGUAGUGCAUUGCGGUAGCAACUUCAAGGUUUGAUUUCUAGGGAACACAUAUACCCAUAAACUUUAUAACUUGAAUGCGCUAUAAGUCGCUUUGGAUAAAAGUGUCUGGCAAAUGAAUUAAUAGAAAUGAACAAUUUGGAAUAUCCCUGAGAACAUCUAUGAACUAUAAUGUGCUAUGCUUUAAGACACAACAGGUUGACAUCUACGCAUGUUCAGUUUUGGGUAGAUUACUUCCAAAAUGUAAUCUGGUACUGAUUACAAAUUGCACAACAAAAAUUGUAUUCAGUAACAUAGUCCUUAAGGUUACGCUUUUAGGUUGUCUAUUAUGAUAAAAAAAAUUUAUGAAAAUCUAAUUUUAAGAGUAUUUAAGUGCCAGUUUAAACUCUUUUAAUGUAAUGUAAUCUAAGUACCUGGAUUUGUAAUCUUAUUAUGUAACCCAGAUUACAUGUAGUCUAUUACUGUCUUUAUAUUACUAUGCAUUAUUCAUUUCCACCGAGAUCUCCACAGGCUUUGCAUAAUGUUCUUCAGGUAGUUACCUGAAAGUACUUUACAUCCUCACAUGAAGCUGUCCCGAACCUAGAUAUCCAUGUCAAGAAUCCAUUUCCUUUGGAUUCUGGCCGAACUGAUGAACAGGGCAGCACUUCAUCAUUGAUAUGGAUGACAGAAGCCCAGAACCAUUCAGAGGCGACACAGAGCCUCUCAUAAACGCCCUGCUAUACUAUCACUGCAUUUAUUCACAUGCAUACUACAUUCAUUCUCCGGUGUCUUAUCUGCCAUGUGAGUGGGAUUUUGGUGCAUUAUCUGACUCACAGGAGGAGGGGUGAACAAUAGAUGAGGUGGCCAUGUUUGUGUGGUCAGCCUUGUUAUGUGAAAAUCAAUGGGCCAAUUUUGAGCACUGACACAGCACAAGUGAUUUUUUUGUUCUAUCCAUUUUCUGUGAACCCAUUUUUCCAUGGCAUUCAAUAAAAGCUCAAAUGAA